UCUGGGUCAUCUCUGAGGAAGAUCUUGGACAUGGAGUCCAGAAUGUGGCCUGCACUGCUGCUGUCCCAUCUCCUCCCUCUCUGGCCACUGCUGUUGCUGCCCCUCCCACCGCCUGCUCAAGGUUCCUCCUCCUCCCCGCGGACCCCACCAGCCCCAGCCCGGCCCCCCUGUGCCCGGGGAGGGCCCUCAGCCCCACGCCAUGUGUGCGUGUGGGAGCGGGCACCCCCACCAAGCCGCUCCCCGCGGGUCCCAAGAUCACGUCGGCAAGUCCUGCCGGGCACCUCGCCCCCGGCCACCCCAUCAGGCUUUGAAGACGGGCCACCCUCAUCCCAGUACCCCUGGGCUAUCGUGUGGGGUCCCACAGUGUCUCGAGAGGAUGGGGGGGACCCCAACUCUGCCAAUCCUGGAUUUCUGCCCCUGGACUAUGGUUUCGCAGCCCCGCAUGGGCUGGCCACCCCACACCCCAACUCAGACUCCAUGCGGGGUGAUGGAGAUGGGCUUAGCCUUGGAGAAGCACCUGCCACCCUGCGGCCGGUCCUGUUCGGGGGCCGCGGGGAAGGUGUGGACCCUCAGCUCUAUGUCACAAUUACCAUCUCCGUCAUCAUUGUUCUCGUGGCCACCGGCAUCAUCUGCAAGUUCUGCUGGGACCGCAGCCAGAAGCGGCGCAGGCCCUCUGGGCAGCAAGGUGCCCUGAGGCAGGAGGAGAGCCAGCAGCCCUUGACAGACCUGUCCCCAGCCGGGGUCACUGUGCUGGGGGCCUUCGGGGACUCGCCCACCCCCACCCCUGACCACGAGGAGCCCCGAGGGGGACCCCGGCCUGGGAUGCCCCAGCCCAAGGGGGCUCCAGCCUUCCAGCUGAACCGGAUUCCCUUGGUGAAUCUGUGAUGCCCCCCAAGGCUGGGCUGCCACCAAGCAGG